AAAUGCGCUGAGAGCAUGUCGGAAACGUUGAGAUGUGAUACCCGACCACUGUAAUUAUAUCUUCCAGUCAUGAAAAUAACGACCAAUUUUAAAACAAACAACAAAAAAAGUUUGUUAAUGACAGGAUUUAACCGAACACCCCCAGAUGCGCGUAAGGCUACGUAGGAAAACAUGAGGGUUUUGCUGAACGGCGUGCGUGUAACGGAUCUCAGCUUGUUUGCGUCUUUCUAAACAAACAUAGCUAAAGCAAACAUCCGACGGGCAACGGACCAACGUGAUGCAGUUCGUCGGGAGCGAGCCUUUCCCAAGUUCACUUUGAAGGUAGCGAAGGGGCGGAGAGGGGAUCGAGCGCAGCUGCAUUCCUGACCGGGAGAGAGCGGCUCGCUUUACGGUUAUCACAGAAACCCGCUGUCAGUCUCUCAGCUCCUCUCGGACGCGCCGGUCUUCACGCGCUGCUUCAGGCGCCGCCGCUUCCUCCCAAGUUUUGGACACUCUGAAGCGAGUCCGCCCGUCGCUUUCGCUGGGAGCAGACGGUCCGUCCACCCGGGAGCCAGCUCCGCAGCGAACAUGUACAAAUAUGUACGGUAUGGAUUUUAGGAGGACGAAGCUCGGCAGAAGAACCGGCCUUCAUGAAGCUGGAGCGUAUGAAAGGAUAAUGAACAAGGUUUUAUCAAAAGACGACGUAGCCUAAGCCACUUUAUCACGACUUCCGUUUGAUUACUUGCAUGUUUAUGAACAACCGAGUCCCAUCUAGCAAGAGAUACCAGCCAACCGAGUAUGAGCAUGCAGCCAACUGUGCCACUCAUGGAUUCUGGAUCAUUCCCAGUAUCCUGGGCAGCUCAGUGUUGUACUUCCUCUCUGAUGACCAGUGGGAGACCAUCUCUGCAUGGAUGUAUGGGACAGGUCUCUCUGGGCUGUUCAUCAUGUCCACCAUGUUCCAUACGGUGUCCUGGAAGAAAAGUCAUCUCAGGAAGGUGGAGCAGCGAUUCCAUAUGUGCGACAGGAUGGUGAUAUAUUUCUUUAUUGCUGCAUCUUAUGCACCCUGGCUGAACCUGAGGGAGCUAGGACCCUGGGCUGUGCACAUGCGCUGGUUGGUGUGGAUCAUGGCUUGCGCUGGCUCUGCCUAUGUCUUCUUCUUUCAUGAAAAGAACAAGAUCCUAGACUUACUGUGCUACACUGCCAUGGGAGCUGUUCCUGCAGUUGUUCUUCUGUCAAUGCCUAACAGAGAGGGCAUAUUAGAGCUGUCAGUGGGCGGAGUCUUCUACUGCCUGGGAAUUGUCUUCUUCAAGAGCGACGGCCUCAUCCCAUUCGCUCAUGCCAUCUGGCACGUCUUUGUGGCCGUGGGGGCAGGAAUACACUAUUACGCCAUCUGGAGGUACUUGUAUGCAACGGGGACCGGCCAAAUCAAAAUAUCCAGGUGACAGACGGAGAUCUCAAGCGUGUUCACACAUACAGGGUUUGUCGAGCUAUAAAGACAAUGUAUUUGAUCAUGAGUUGCCUUUGCAUCCCUCUAUAUUAAUCAUAGACGGGUAUGCUUUAGUACUGUUGGCCUA